ACGGCACAGACAUGUUUCUCACACGUAAUAAUAUGUCGCUUUGUGUUGUUGUGUGAUGGCAAUCAGACAGGAUGUCAACUUCUCUAAGCUAGUUCUGUACGGCUACCUGAUACAUCAUCAGGAUCCUAGAAUAUUGAAAUACUACGCACAAACACGUAGGCGUAGCGAUGGACUCCCAUACCCAGCUUGGCUCGCCAUGGGAAACGCGCCGGCUUCAGAAUCUCCGGAGCCCGUAGUGGAGCCCCCACAAACUCAGCAUGAAGGCCUGGGUCAGUUAUACGGCCUGCCGGUGCCACUGGCCUUACGGAAGAAGCGGAAAUGCUUGUUGCUCAAGAUAAUAUACGUCGCGUUAUGUAUUAUCAACAUCCUUCUCUCGAUAGCGGUGAUCGCUGUGACAAUCAGCACAGCCAUCACCAUGCGGAUCUUCGCCGUGGACCAGUCUGGCAGGCUGGUGGCCAUGAUACUGUUGAGCGUUCUAGCGGCCGUUACUCUCUCCAUUACUAUUUAUGCUAUGGUCGGCAUCCUGAGGAGGCACUUGAGAAUUUUACACGUGGCCUCCGUAGUCCUUGUGAUCCUGGCUGUGAUACAAGCCCUCAUCUUAGCUGUGUCGGUGCGAGUUACUGAGAGAGACGAACUAAACUUGAGCAUAGCACUUUCGGAGUCAUUUAAGUUGGCGAUAGCUGACAACCCCAGACAUGUGCGACUAUGGUCGAUAAUGCAGAAUGAUCUCCAGUGCUGUGCGGUGUACGGCCCCCAGGAUUAUCGCAACCCCAAACUUCCUCCUUAUUUCGCCCCCGACGUGCCAAUCUCAUGCUGUCCCAGCUAUAUGGCGGACCGCUCCGAGCUGGUCCAAGAGAGGGAGAGGCAGGCUUGUAAAGCUAAAAGGCUAUACAGUGAAUACGGCUGUCGGAAUCCCGUGAUAAACAUGUACACAGGGUAUUCGAAGAUUGUAGUGGCAGUCACUUCAUUUCACAUUGGAAUAAUGGUUAUUAUAGCAAUACUCGGCUGUUUAGUUUCGAAGAGGUUGAAAACGAAAGGUAAAACAGGUGUAGUCUUGGAGGCCGCCCCACCACAGGCAGCGGAAACAUCCAAACAGCCUGUCAAAACGAAAACUAGCGCUAAAGUUUAGGAAUCAACAACCAUGUUCACAGAUAAUUUAUUAUUCCACAUAAAAAAGACCACAGCAUAAUAAGAAAUGGACGGUUACAUUUUUUUGUAUGAAUUUCGGGAAUAUUCCUUCGAACAAAGAUCUCAUUCGAUUUUCUUGUCCCAUAUUAAGCUGGAUGAGUAGACGGAUCUAGAUUAAUUAUUUUUUUAAUAAGCAUAACUUGUAGGAAUUGUAAAUUUUGAAAAUAAGUAAACGACUAUGAGGUAUAAAGCAUGAAUUAUUUUACCCUAGAGUUUUUAUAAAGCGCCACCUGUUAAAGUUGUCGGUAAAUUAAAAGUUCUCAUCACUGUCGACAACACUUUUCGAAAGUGGUUUACAGAUGGCGCUAUCCCAACUCCCUUAAAAUAAAAUUCUUCAUUGUAUGAAAAACUUUUUUUU